AUGCAUUUACUAUCAUUCCUCUCUCUCUCUCUCUUCCCAAUUCCCACCGCCACCUUCUCUCUGUCUCUCUACUUUUUGUGCUUUUUACUGUACCGAACGAUUCCGGGUAACCCAUCCACCCCCAUAUAUAGGUAUACAAGAUAGAAAGGGAAGUGAAGUAAUCAUUUUCUGUUGAUAGUAUACUGCGAUUCUUCCACAGAGUACUGUUCCUCCAACGGUUUUCAGAGCCCAUCAGUUGUUUUGUUGCUGAGGUAGGGUUCGGAGAAGGAAAAAUUAAACUAUGUCAUACAACGGGGUUGACCAAAUGGAUUACAUGGUGGAUGGUGGAGAUGUGGCAGAUUCUAUAGAUGGAAUUGAUGAGGAAUACCAUGCUGCUGAUGAUGCAAACCUUGAUGAGUAUGAUAUGCUCAUGAAAGUAACAGAUACAUCAGCUCCACAAGCAAGGAAAGGAAAAGAUAUACAGGGUAUCCCAUGGGAAAGAUUGAAUAUAACAAGGGAGAGCUACAGAUUGACAAGGCUUGAACAGUAUAGGAAUUAUGAGAACGUACCUUCAUCUGGUGAAGCUGUUGAUAAAAGGUGCAAACCAACAGAGAAAGGAGGUAGCUACUUUGAAUUCUUCCAUAAUACAAGAUUAGUGAAGCCUACAAUCCUUCAUUUUCAGUUAAGGAACUUGGUGUGGGCUACAUCGAAACAUGAUGUUUAUCUCAUUUCAAACUACUCGGUUAUGCACUGGUCAUCAUUAUUCCGGAACUUGACUGAAGUCCUUAAUUUUUCUGGGCAUAUUGUGCCAACAGAGAGAAAUCCAGGGACCUUCUUGGAAGGCUUUACACGAACACAGUUGAGCACACUAGCAGUGAAAGACCGUUUUCUGGUGGCUGGUGGCUUCCAUGGAGAACUUGUCUGUAAGUGUCUGGAUAAACCAGGGGUUAGCUUUUGCACAAGGACCACACAUCAAGAGAAUGCUAUUACAAAUGCCAUUGAGAUAUUCGACAGCUCCAGUGGAGUCCAUUUCAUGACAUCCAAUAAUGACUGUGGUGUAAGAGAAUAUGACUUGGAGAGGUUUCAGCUCUUAAACCACUUCCGCUUUCCUUGGCCAGUGAACCACACAUCAAUAAGCCCUGAUGGGAAGCUUGUGGCUGUUGUCGGAGAUGAUGUUAAUGGAUUACUUGUAGAUGCCCGGAAUGGGAAGACAGUCGCUUCAGUUGCUGGUCAUCUAGACUACUCGUUUGCUUCUGCAUGGCACCCAGACGGAAGAAUCUUUGCAACUGGCAAUCAGGAUAAGACGUGCAGAGUAUGGGACUUGAGAAACCUGCAUACGCCUAUGGCAAUUCUCAAGGGAAACAUAGGUGCAGUCAGAUCGAUCCGGUUCUCUGUAGACGGGCAGUUUCUGGUGGUGGCUGAACCUGCAGACUUUGUGCACAUUUACAACACUAAAGAAAAUUUUGAGACUAGGCAAGAGAUAGAUUUCUUUGGAGAGAUAUCUGGGGUGUCUCUUAGUCCAGAUGAUGAGUCGAUCUAUAUUGGAAUUUGGGACCGUACAUAUGCAAGCUUACUGCAGUAUAACCGAAGGCAUCCAUAUGAAUAUCUUGAUUCCCUUGUGUGAUACCCUGUUCCUAGCUUCUCAGCCAUGGCAGAGAUGGGCUGAGAAACUUCACCUUUUGUUUUCAUUAAUGUUGUCAUUGUAGGCUAGCCCCAUAGCUAAGAUUGGAAGGUUCCUUUUCAUUUUUCUUUUUUGGUUGUAGCACGGCGCAAGUUAAAUAUGUACAGUUAGCAUGUUUUCCAAAGAAGAAAUCCUUUCGUGGAAUUCCGAAAGUAAAUGCAGGAUUUCUAGUUGCAUAUCUCA